CAGCGUCCUGCUCCUACAAGGCGGUCCUGCAUCCAGCCAAUCGCUGGAGACCGCAGAGACAGGGCCAAGACGGCGGACCUGUACUUCCGGUUUUUCUCCGGAAACUCCUCCGGAAUGGAUGGGGCCGCUCUAGCCCACCCACGCCAUCGCUUCUCUCUAUGGUGCCGCGCCUGGCUCAGAGGCUCCCGCGGCGAAAGGAGGCGGCUGGUGCGCAUGCGCCCUGGAGCGGCGGGCUUUUGGCGCCAUGGAGCCUGCCCGGGACCGAGCGCUGACCCCACAAGAGAAGGCGCAGCUGAAAGAGAAGCUGGCUCUACUGAAAAGAGAAUACACUAGGACCUUCCACAGAUUGAAGCGUGCUGAAAGAGCCGAGAAGGUAAAACGUUAUGUCAAGAAAACAGUGGCCGAGCAAAAUUUGCUGCUUCUGCAAGGCAAGGCUGAGAAGGAUGAUACAGAACCCCUCGGCCGGUCAGCUCAUGAGGGGGCCUCUGGGAAGGUCCAGGUUGGUCCUUGUUCAUCAGCGAGCCCCCCAAAACCCACCUAUGUCAGCUUCAAGCCGGAGGCCGAGGUCUUCGGCCCAGAAGACGACUUGCCCCAGUCUUCUGGUUCUGAACAUGCCAGCAAAGGCUGCGGGAGGCCUUGCUUGAGCCUUGAGCGUCCUGUCGCUGGCAAAAGGCAGAGUCAGCUGUCAAGAAGGAAAACCAGAGCCUCUUGGGGGGCAGCCUUCGCCUUGGAGAAGAGAGAAGCCUCCUCUGGGUCUGAAACACUUCAGAGGGAGCCAGCCAGUGUUGGGAGGUCACAGUCGCCAGUCUUUAAGAGAAGGAGGAGCAGCCAGGAAGCUUUGGAGACAGGCAAGAUGUGUCUUUCGGCCACAACUGAAGGAGGAAGCAGUGGCAUUACUCCUGUGGUGCCAGAGCCAGAGCGCUCGCAGGAAACCAUCUUGCCCAGCCUCUCACACUCACUUGCGUGUCGCUCAUCUCAAGCGGGCCGAGGGGCCUCCCCUGACCACCCUCGUGAGGCAGGCAUCCUCGCCUUUGCUGAAGGCGCUGUGGCACAGGCAGACUUCCAGAACGCAAGGAAAGAGCCUGCGCUCGUGGAAAAGGAACAGGUGCAGGGACAGGCAGUUGAGGAAAAUCCAGGAGGUUGGGCAGGCUCAGCGGUGUCCGGGGGGCCUGCCCCCCACGUGUGGCUUGGUGAAGAGAGAACGUGCCGGGAGGCUGAGAACUCGGGCAGCUAUAAUGGUGACUCUUCCAUCAGCAGACCAAACGCCGAGGGUUUAGGAGACCGCCUGGAAGCUGGGUCUCCCUUCCUGGAAGGGGAUUCUUCGGCCGCUUCCCCGAAGAAUGUGCUCAGCUCGUGUACGGUAGUGGAGGGGCUCCUGUUCCCGGUUGAGUAUUACGUGAGAACGACGCGGCGCAUGUCCAGCUGCCAGAGGGAGGUGAACCUGGAGGCCGUCAUCCAGAGUCAGCUGGGGAAAAGCAGGAGAGGGAAGAGACUUCCUCACAAGGAGACGUUGGCAGAAAGGGGAGAGGGCCUCCCAGCCCUCGGCGCUCACGGGGCCACUGCUUCUCCUUUGCCACCUGCCUCCCCUUCUCGUGUGAGUGGGGCCGUUUCCAGGAGGAGCAGCUGCCUGGCUGAGAGCGAGGAGAUCCUGCCACCCAGGGGAAGGGGGAGGCUGGGCCGCGGGGCCUCAUCCUGCACCUCGCAAGACCUGUUGGAGGUCACGCGUCCUGAGGCAGCCAGUGGUCUUCCUCCCAGAGGGAAAGAAGGCUCUUCUGGUGAAGGCAGGGCGGCAGCCUUCCAACUGAACGUGGAAUUGAAGAGGAGAGCCAGGAGAGGACCGGCUGCGCUUCGGUGCCGUGCCCGCCGAGGCCUCGAGGCAGCGUCAGAAGCCGCCCUGAGCUCCCCUGUGCCGGAGGUUGCCUCUGGCCUCCCUGCUAGCAAUGGGAAUAGCACGCUGUGCCUUUUUGAAAGUCAGCUGCCUGAACAGGAUGGGAACCUGGGCUGGCCCGGCCCUGAGCUGGGUGAAGCAGCUUCGCCUCCUGAUGAGUCACCCGAGGCCUCCCUGGACGGGGGAAGAGGACGUCGACCCCAGAGGUCUCCCUCCCUCUCUGGGUCCGAUUUUGGGGCUUCAGCAUCCACAGGCACCAGAAAGGAGGAGGAGGAGGAGGAGGAGGGAUCCCUUUUCAAGAGGCUGCCUUCAAGGCUCAACGUCCAAGAAUUCUGCCUCCCGGAAGAGGAAUUUGGCCUCCUGAAACUGGAAAAAUGCAAACCCUCCCCUGCAACAUCCCUGGAGGCUCCUGAUGCUGCAGAAUCGCCCGGGGCCCCUCCGUGUGAUGGCAGGACCGGUCCUGAACCCGGUGCAACUUUGAGAGAGGACUCCAGUGGUGGCCCCGUGCCUGCCGGGAAAGAGCCUUCUUCGCCCCGCUGGCUCCCCCCAGGCUUGCUUGGGAAAGGCUUCCCCUCGAGCGAGUGGCUCCUCUCUCCGGCCUUGGAGGGCGGGAGCUGCCCACGGGAGUCCCAGCUGCUGACCCCAGCUUUCCCUCUGGUGGGGGCCACCCCAGCCUCCCAGGCGCUGCCCCCGAGCCAGAUCUUGUCCCAGACAUUGAGUGUUGCUCCUUCACAAGGGACGCCCAACGCAGGGAGAGAGACGGGUCCUCUUGGGGAGGCCUCGUCUCCGCCAGGAAGUGGCACAAGGAGACCCCGGUCCCAGAGUCAAGGCAAACCCAGCCGGGGGCCUGAAGGGGAAGCGCUGAGCCUUGAGGAACGGCAGUCCCCAGCCGCAGAGUCUCUGCACCAUAACAGGGACACCUCCGAGCAGAAAGAAACAACGGCAAAGGGCCCAGUAGAAGCCCUGGAUGAUUGCCGGCGCGAGGGGCGCUUGCAGAUGACUUCGAAACUGCAGAGCUUCUCCGGGUCCUGCUUGGUGGAUGUGAGCACCGUGGAGUGGGAAGCGGCCGAGCUGUGUCUGGUGACAGCGACUGGGAGGACGGUGAUUCUCUGGAAACACUUGGAUCCUGACCACUGGGAGGCUGCCUGCACCUGGCAUUCUGCCAAGGUUCCGGUCCUUCGGAUCAUUCCCCUGCCGGGAGCCUGCUGCUUUGUCUGCGUGGCCUUGGGCUGCCUGGAGGUGGAAGAACUGAGAUUCUUGCUUCCUUCUUCAGAGGCUGGAUGCUUUGAGCAAUCGCUGGCCAAAGCGGGAGACGUGAAAGCUCUUCUUGGACUUCAGGGCAGAAGGCUGGUCACCAGCUGUGGCUCACUCCAGGGCCAAGAGGUGGAAGUCACGUCCUUCUCCAAGGCAGGGAGGAGCCGGGACAGGUGGGCCUUGAUGGCUCCCGAAGAGACCCUGAAGGCUUUUGCUGAAGUGGACGGGAUGGAGGAGGCUUUGGUUGGCAUGACAGCCGUGAACUCUGUUGUGGUCUGGAACGUGACCUCCGGCCAGCUGCUGAGAAGGAUCCCGGUGGGUUACUCCUACCCAGCGACUCUCUGCCCCAGGGCCUACUCGGACUUGGGUCUCCUCUUUGUGGUUGUAAGUCAUCCGCGCUCCAAAGAGAGCAAAUCCUGUGGGAGGCCUGCCUUCCGGUUAGUUGCCCUCAAUCCCAAAACGGCCAGGAGCUUAGGAGUGAUGGCCUUAUCCCUUCCGCCGGGCACUGGGGGAAGAGUCCCGAAGAAUUUUGAAUUUCUAGUCGCCCUUUUAAAAUGGGAUGACAGGGAGCUGCUUGAGAUUUUGAAGGCGGAUCUGUGGCACGAAGCCUCCCCAUUCAACGCCCAGCGAUGAGAGCGUUCUCUCAGCCAGGACCUCCACGCUGUUAGCAUCUUGUGGCUGGAAGUUCUCUCCAAGAGAAGCCAGGCUCAACCCUUUGACUUGAUCGGAGGGGCUGCAAGGCACCUGGUGAGCUGAGAGAACAGGUGUGGUGGCAGCAGGGGGCGGCUGCUGCUUUUCUCCCGAAUGAAAAAGGGG